GCGUACUGCGCAUGUACGCUGGUUUGAACGCAGUGCGGCGCGCGUUUGCUAACGGUCGUGUUUGAGGAGGAGAUGGACAGUGUUGUGAUUGGGUCCUUGAAGGUGAAGGACUGUGUGAUCUUCCAGUGCAAGAGAUGUCACACUGUGUUGGGAGAUUCUCUGCAAUCCUGCGGUAGCAGCUUACCAUUGAACAUGCUGUUAUGUUUGAGGGUGACUGAAAAUGUGGACAUGGAUCCCGUCAGCUUUAUUGGGUGUGAAGGGCCAAUGUCUAAAUGCCUUUACAAGUCACUUUACUGCAGCUUCUGCAGAGCCCAUGUGGGUAUUGUUCCCUUCUCUACAACAGAUGCUUUGGAUCACUUACGUGGACUAUACUGCUUGGACAAGUGUGCCUUGCACUGCUACAUGUUGCAGAGCACGUCUGAGGUGGAAGCUGCUGCCCUAAGUCUUCAACCUCAAUGCUUAACUCAGCACAUAGGAGAGUUGAAAAGACAGCUUGUGGUGGCUCACUAUCGAUUGUUAGCAGCAAUGAACAAGUUGGAUGAACUGGUUGGAGAGGAGAGUGGACUAGGGACCAGUGUCACUCUGAGACAUAGGCAUUAACAGAAGUGUGGCCUGUGCUCUAAGGUGUGAGAGUGUGAUUUUGGGCCUUUGAAAAUACAGCCACUGUUAACUACAAGCCAGCUGCCACACUUGGCUGCCUUGAAAAAGAAUCUUCAACAGAGCUCUGAGAGUGGAGCAGAGGAAGCAUCACUGUUUUGAAAUUGUUCAUAAGCAUAAGUUGUGCGUGUACUGCGCUUUGGCUUUGUGACCUGUCAUCUGACAUUCAGAACUUGAUUACACCUACACAGUCCAACACGUAACCUGAUCACAUCCAUAUUAGUAUAACCUGCAAUCUGAUUUACAGAAUAGUACAACAUUUUGGGUAUUUUAAGCCUUCAGAAGCCAGUGACUUGCUAUCAAGGACUGCAGGUCACUUUACACUACAGCAAAUAGUGAAUCCACAUUAGUCACUAUAUCGUUCUACCUGGUACUCAGAAAUGUACUAAAUAUACACCGGUCCUAGUCAGCUUUCGUGUCCAUAUAAUCAUCACAAAAUCUACAUAUAAGAUGUUAAGUUGGCCUGCCGCCUCACGACUACAUUACUAAUUUAUGGUGGGUUUGUGCUACAGGCAUAUCAAUUUUCAUGCUCAGCCACUUCAAAUCAUUAAAGCAUACUGUCCAGCCCCUGUCUUUUUUUUUCUUUCUAUCUGGAAGAAUUUCUUAGAAUCUUCUGCAAUCCAGCCGAGUUGACUGAUCAAAGUUAAUUCCCCAUCAUUGGGAGACAAUUGCUUGAGCUGUUAUCCAGUAUAGGCAGUAUCGAACUGUAAAACUGGCUAGCUGUAAGGAACUGGAGGAAAGCUUGGCCAACACAGCUCAGUUAUAUUUGUUCGUCACCAGCACUCAAAACAAUGAAUAUUGAUCUACUCCAAACAAUGAUAUUUAUCUUACUUCUCAGCAUUCAAAUAUUAGCAAAUGUUGCACUGUGCAGUUUACAACAAGCUUUCCUCCAUUCUGUUAAAUUCAUUUGCUACUUGGCUAUCACUGGGAGUGGACUGCUGUCUGAAUCCAUCGGCUAAUGCAAUUCCAUCAGCAGCUGCAAUCCUGAACUGUAGCUUGGUAUGUGUUGGUGAACUGUUUAACUUAUGCAAUACUGUAACAAAUUGAGCAAUAAAUAGA